UCUGAGUUGCUCAGUUCAGUGGUUGUUGUUGUUAUUGUUAGUUAGUUUAGUUUACGUUUAAGUUAUUUAAGUUACCUAUUCGAAUUAUUUUAUCCUUUAAUAAUUACAUUGGUACAGGCCUACGAUUUGAUGAUGAGCCCAGUUAAGAAACUGAACCUUUUUAUUUAUCAAUAGGAACUUUACUUAACUUCCGAAGAUUUGAUUAGUUUUGUUUGGUAAAUUUAAUUGGAUAAAGGACUGAUAUAUAUUUUUCUACCUAUAUUAAGCCUAAAUAGUCUACUUAUAUCCUUGAAAAUGUCAGUUAACUCUGAAAGUGUGGAUGGUGAUGAAAAAGUACCAAAAGCCAAUGUUAUCAACUCAAGACUAAAUAAGCUGUUUGAUUCUCGUUUUGAAAAUGAUAAGGAAACUUUGGAUGCAUUAAAAGAACUCUCUGUGUUUUUUACUGAAAAUACUAUGCAAACUCGAAGAAGCCUAAGGAGUAAAAUAGAGAAAAGAAGUCUAAGUAUCAAUGAGGACUUUUUAUCAGCAUUUAGAAAAGUCAAAGAGGCUCUUGACAAUAUCUAUCUUGAUGUCACUGAUAUGAAUAAAGCGGUAGAAACUAUGACGGCCCAGCUUCAGGCCACCAAAGCUCAGACACACCAGCUCAUAGAGCACACCACUAAACUUCAGGCUGAGGGCCAAAAACUGACAAUGCAGCAAGAGGUGGCUCAAUCAUUUUUGAAGAGUUUCCAACUGACACCUGCCGAGUUGUCAGCCCUGCGAGAGGCCAACAUUACUGAAGAGUUUUUUGCCGCAUUGGACAGAGUUCAAACAAUCCAUGCCAAUUGUCGCACACUAAUGCAGUCAGGACAUCAAACAUCAGCUUUGGACAUCAUGGAUCAAAUGGCUAUGUAUCAGGAGACGGCUUUGGAAAGACUGUACCGCUGGGCCCAGACACAUUGUCGUAACAUCGAGGCUCCAGGAAUCAACCAACUGCUGAACCAGGCCAUGGCCAAACUCCAGGACCGACCUGUGCUAUUCAAGUAUGUGCUGACAGAGUACUGCACAUGUAGAAGAGCUGUCCUCGUACAUUUGUUCAUUGAUGCCCUGACCAAGGGAGGACCCGGUGGAACGCCCAAGCCCAUCGAGGCACACGCUCAUGACGCCAAGCGCUACGUGGGCGACAUGCUGGCCUGGCUACAUCAGGCUAUACCAGGCGAGAGAGACAACUUACUGACUCUGCUGAAAAACUGUGACACCAAGACUGAUGUCAGUGAGGAAGUACAGCAAGCUUUGUCUAACAUAUCUGAGGGUGUCUGUCAUCCUCUGCAAGUAAGAGUAGAUCAGAUCCUUGCUACAGAUACAUCUGUUGUAUCCUUAUAUCAUGUAUCCAAUUUGCUGCGGUUUUAUUUGCAGACGUUCAACCAGGUGGUACCUGGGAGCAGCCUGGAGGCAACACUCUCCGAGCUCCACUCAAACAGUGAGAAGGCUUUCUUGUCCACACUUCAAUCUCAGGUUAAGCAGCAACUCCUUGAGAAGGUGGACGCUCCUCCCCCUGACUUGUCACCUUCUCCUGGUAUUCCACCACUGCUCACACUCCUCAAGGAGAUCAUCUCCAUCGCUAGUGUAGCAGAAGGAAGACAAGAUGAUAUAAACAAGGUAGUUUCUUGUGUGAUGGACCCACUGCUCCAAGCCAUCACACUGAGUGCCUCAAGGCUUGCAGCUACUGUCAUGACAGUCUACUUUAUCCUUGCUCAUUUUCAGGUAGUUUCUUGUGUGAUGGACCCACUGCUCCAAGCCAUCACUCUGAGUGCCUCAAGGCUUGCAGCUACUGACAUGGCUGUCUACCUUCUUAAUUGCCUACACCUCAUGACUACUACUCUGGCACUUUAUGAGUUUAUGGAUGAAAGGCUUGAACGACUUAAGGCGCAGUCUGAUGCACAGCUAGACACCUUGACCUCAGAACAGGCUUCCUCUCUAGUGGCCAACCUCAACCUGGGACCCAUCUACACAAUCCUCCAGGAGCAAGGCAAGGGACCUUUGUCACAGGUGCCUGGCAUGGAGCCGGCAAACCUCAACAACUUCUUGGGUAAGCUGGAGAGUCUGCUGAAUGUACCAGACAUGUUCAGUUUGCCUCAGAUGGAAUGUUUGCUCAGUAACGCUCAUCGCUCGGUUGUUCAGCGUCGAGCAACCCAAGUCAUCACAGCCAUCUACACUCAGCUGUACAACGCAGUUCACAAUCCUGACAAUCUGUACGCCAACCCUUCCCAGCUCAUGUCUCGCACCCCUGAGCAAGUGACGGCUGCUCUACUCGGCUCAUAGCAUAAAAAGAUUGUCACUGUUAUAUAAGUUAUUUGCGAGUUAUCAAGAGCCCUAACAAUUUUUCCAAUGCAAAUGAAGGUGAUAUAAAGGAUAAAUUGUCAAUGUAUUUGCCAAACAUAAUACAUCGACGCUAAAACUAAAUUUAACGAUGCAGCGGCAGCCCAUCUGUUGCACAUGAAAAAAGGGGGUAAAAUAACACUCAACAUUGUUGUUUCCGUCAAUAUUCAUCCUCAUCGAUAUUCCUACCUCAUUUGCAUAGGAGAAAUUUUAAAAGUGGCCCUCUUGAAAAGACCAAUUUUUGUCUCUAGUUUGUUUUUGUUCAAGGCGAGAUUAUGUGAUUUAACCGAACAUUGCAGUCAUUUUCCAUCAAAAUUAGUAAAAACAAAGUUUUCACUUAGCUUCAGCAUCUGGAAUCUGAUCCUGUCCUCUGGUGAGUACCUAAAAUAUGACAAACCCAGCCAAAGCUAGAAAAUCAUAAAUUUAAAACCGCAUAGAGGCGAUUGUUGUAUAGCAAGGCAAAACAAGAAAUACAAUAUCCUGAGAUGAAACCAUAACAAGAUGGCAGCUCAAGCAAGACACAAGGUUUAGCUAGGUUUGUGUACUAAAUUUCUUGUCAUGUUAUAGGGACUUUCUCAUCCGAGGACAGUGAUUAGUUUGCAGAUCCUGAACUGUUGUGUAUACUUACUAACAAUGAUAUAAACUGUUGUGUUGUUUAAGAAAAAAAAAACAUUUAAGCUCCAUCUUCAUGAGUAGGCUUUCGCGGCCGGUGUCAUUGAAAUCCAUGGUGAUGGUUUUCGGUGUCAACCGCGUCGUCAAUUGCAUUUAUUUUUUUAAAUACAACUGACGAAGCGGUUGAUGCCGAAAACCAUCACCAUGGAUUUCAAUUUAAGCUUCAUGUUACAUUAAGUAAAAAGAAAUGGAUACGCAUCUAAUUCACAUAAGAAAAUAGUUCCAGACAGUUGACAGCAUUUAAAAAGUGUUCCAAGACAAUUAGAUUCAUGAUUCGCCCACUUGGAGUGAGUGAAUAUCUAGUCCAUUGUGCUGCAAACUUUUUGUCAGCUACUAACUGCCUGGGCCUAGGGCUAGGUGAGUCAGUAGUAUAUCCAGUCCUUCAUCAAUGUGUAAGAAUUGUGUUUGCUUGUUGAAUGUUUGAUUGAAAUAAUAUCCAUAUUCAAUCUGUAGUUAUAUACAGUUGUUGCCACGGGCAUCCAUCAAUAUGGAGCCCCCUCCCAAUUAUUAGACCCCACCAACAAUAAAAGUUAAAUAAUAAAAAAUAAGGAAGAGGCAAGAGAUAGAGAAAGAAUGGAGGU